AUGUUUGGACCUGCGCCGAGAUCGCAGAGUGAUUUUUUGAAAUUAGUUGCUCAAGAUGAAAUUUUGGAUGAGGAAGAUUUACCAGCUCCCGUUGCUCUGGACGUUUUUAAAAGAUUAAAAGAUAUUGGUGAAUUAAAUGAUAUAAGUUUUAUUGAAGCAUGUAAAAAUUGUGUACUAGAGGAUCAGUUAAUGGUACAACGUGUGAUUGUAAAAAGUGCAUUUAAACAAGUUGAACCACAAUAG